AUUGUAUCAUAUCACGAAUGGUGUCCCUUUGUAUAAAAACAUUGGUACCCACUUGAAGUGCUAAUUGUUGGUGAACAACUGGGUGGUACAUAAUGAAACUAUUCUUGGUUUUGGCGGCAUUGUUUGUUACAAUCUUUGGGUUCCCAAAGAAAGGAACCAACUACCCGUUAGAUGGUAGAAUAGUCGGAGGUAAUACAGUAGAUAUCGAAGAGUAUCCCUAUCAAGUGUCUGUACUAUGGUGGAGUUCUCAUAUAUGUGGAGGUUCGCUCAUCUCUACAAACUGGGUUAUCACAGCUGCUCAUUGUACACAACAAUCUCCAUUGACAAUAUCCGUUCGACUGGGUUCAUCCAUUCUCAAUUCCGGCGGUACGAUUGUGGGUAUAUCAGCCCUCAGUAACCAUCCCAAUUAUGACCCUUGGCUAACCGACUAUGACAUAUCCCUUCUCCAUCUUUCCACAACUGUUUCCCUAACGAGAAAGAUCGGAGUAGUAGGAUUACCACCAGCUAAUACGUCCAUCCCUGCCGGUACAAACGGUAUAGUGACGGGAUGGGGUUCAGUGAAGGAGGGUAGCAUGCUUUCUAGCGAUCUUCAAGCGGUCUCGGUGACCGUAAUGACUAAUGAACAAUGUGCUGAUGAUUAUGGAUCUGGUCUAAUUACGGAAAGGAUGUUGUGUGCUGGAAGUUCAACUGGAGGAAGAGACGCAUGCCAGGGAGAUUCAGGAGGACCACUUGUCGAGAAUGGGGUUCAAAUAGGAAUAGUCUCUUGGGGAUACGGAUGCGCUCGAGCCAGAUACCCCGGUGUUUAUACAAACAUAACCAAUCUAAGGUCGUACAUAAACGAAGUUAGCGGACUUUAGUAAACUAUUAAAGAACACGACCAGGUAAAACGAAGAAAAAUUGUGAUAAUUGUAUAAAGCCUAAAAGUGUAAAUAAAAAACGAUUGUGAUAAGAUGUGAGCACCUGUAUGAAGAAUUGCAUUUUACUGAAGUGAGCAACUGUUUAUUCAGAACAACUUAAACCUUACUUUACCACCUAAUAAAAUCAGAGGUAAUACCUUCAAGUGACUAUCCACAAAAUACCAUAACGUAAAUACCA